CAUUGAUCUCUCUCUCAAUGUAGCAACUCAAACCCCAGUUCAGUCUAUCGUAUAACACAAUUGCCAAAUCAGCACAAAAUCAACUCAUUAUGUGAUGGUUAAAUCAAAGAGCAUUAAGUGGAUUUUUGGCCAAAUUUCUUCAUUAUGCAAGCUUCUCUUGUGGAUGAAAAUUAAUGAUAUUCGAAUUGUUGGUAUCUGGGGUAUUGGAGGAGUAGGAAAGACGACACAUGGAAAAGCCUAUCAAAGAAGGCCCACACAUAUCGGAUCAAAUAUUCUACGUGGAAGCUGGAUUGUCACUACACAAUGAGGAUCAACGAUUCUGCAUCUUAGCCUGCUCUAGCUGUAAAAAAUUGUUCCCAAGGCAUUUUUCACAAAGAGUUUUUUACUGCACAACUUGCCAUCAAACACCACGUCUUACACCUAGAUCCCAAUUUGAAGUCACUAUCACCGACAACACUGGGUCUACAACAACAAUUAUUUCGGAUAAAACUGGAGAAGAACUGCUGUCUCUCACUCCAGAGGAAAUCUACGACAUACGCUGUGCCAAGAAGCAAAGGUUGCCCCUGACAAAUGUGCGAAAUAAACUUAUGGGCAUCACAUUCAAUAUCCAAAUGAAGAGAUCAUUUGUGAGAAAUCAAGACACCGUUCCAGGAAAGUUGUUUAUUUUGUCACUCAGGGACAAAGAGAGAAUAAACAAUCCACCGUUGUCAACUACUGGUAUGGACUCUUACAGAAAGCAGCAAACGCAAGCUUCACCAACUUGCCAUGAAGGAAGGAACCACAUCCAGGAAAGACAAUACUUCCGAUCAGAAAUAGAGCAUGCGAUUGAAGUCCCUGAAAAGGGACUAAAAGGUAUUGAAAUCCUUUCGUUUGUUGGUUGGUCGCCGCUUCUCUUCCUCUCUGCUGUAAGUCAGCAUGAGCUUAAAUAUCACAGAAACACAUUUUUAAUUUAGUAUACUCAAGGAUAUAGUUAUCUCCAAUUAUAAUUACCGUUGGGGAACUUAGCAAAAUUUCAUAUUGCUUCUAAGCUUCGGUGGAUGUUUCUCUGUGUACCUUUGUAAUUUGUUUGUAGCUAGAAUUUACAACAUUACUUUCAUACUUAAAUGACUACCUGCUCAAAAACUUUUACAACUAAAGUGUGUUUUUUUUCUAUCUAUAGACAUGUUAACCAACUACUAUUUCUCGAUUUAUUGCCAGUAAAUACUACUUGUUUUGCAAUAUGGUUGGCUUUUUGAAUGCGCUUGAUGCUACUUUUGGUACUGCUUGUGUGCAUCUUCACUGCUGCUCGACUUUUGCUCUAUCCCUUUUGGAAAUAGUCAAAAACACUAUUGGUGCGAUACCAGGUUAUCUCAUCUGUUCAGCUCUUUUUUUUUUAAGCUCUACAUCAUCU